AUGGCCGACGCCGCAGACGGCGGCAACGACUGGGAGCUCCUGUCGCUCACCGCGUCCGCCUACGCCGCCGCUCCAGGCCCAAUCUCGCCGCCGCCGCCGCUGCUGCUUCAGGUUGACCCGGCUGCCACGAGUGAACAGUCCCCACCGUCACCUCCUCCUCCUGCUGCAACCUUCAUGUCCCAGCACUUCAAUCUGCCGGCGGAGGAAGCGCCUGCCGGUCUUCUCAACGGUGGGCGCCAAGGGUUAGAAUUCACCCCUGCCAUGCCGCUGCUGGAUCAAGGUCUCGGCAUCCCCUGCCCAGAGAAGGACAGCUGCGCGAGCGAGACGGAAGCGCUGGGCCGUAGCCAGCCGGCAUGUUCUUCAGAUUCAGUUAUCGUCUGGGACGGCACGGGACGCAAGAUUAGUCCGUCAGCCACCUUGGAUGAAGCGGGUUCAGAUCGUACCCGCAGCGCAUCUCCUCCGCACAACCAUGUUUCUGCUGCUGCUGCUGCCGACACGGAUGAUGGCAUUGCUGUCGGGUCCGCUGCGGCUUGCCUGCCUGCUCCGGCGGCCGCGCCGCCGAGGGCCCUUUGCGAAGCGUGGUGGAGGAAGACCUUCUCGUUUAUGUGCGGCAACGCCACAGAGUCUCUUACCUUCCACUUCGUCUUCCUCGCCGACAAGCUUCAGCUCAGGCUUGAGUUAGGUGUCGACGGCAAGUUCUAA